AUGGUUUUCUUUCAACAGAACAACCCAAGGGAAAAAGAAAAGAAAGAAAAACAUACCGAACCAGCAAAGCCACCAAAGAAGGAACAUUCAGCUCCAACUGAAAAAGAAGUAAAAGCAAAAACUGAUCGAGCCAAGGAAGAGGCUGGUGCUGCCUCCACUAAAAAAGGUGUCCCUGGAAAGAAGGAAGAGAAAACAACGAAGGCAGUGGAGCAAGAAAUUAGAAAAGAAAAAUCUGAGAAGACUUCUUCAGUUCUGAAAGAUAAAGAGCCUAUUAAGGGGAAAGAAGUGAAGUUGGCAGCUUCCCUAAAGGAAAAAGAUCCUGAAACUAAAAAAGAUGAAAAACCAUCAAAAGCAGGCAAAGAAGUCAAGCCUAGGCCUCCACAGCCACAAGUAAAAAAAGAAGGGAAGCCAGAGCCACAAGUGAAAAAGGAGACAAAACCAGAACAAGCCAUCGUGAAACCAGAAAAGACUGUUUCUCAUGGUAAAGCAGAAGAAAAAGGUGUCAAGCAGGUAAAGGCCACCACAGUAGAAAAAACAGUUAAGCCUAAAUCAGCAAAAAAAGCUGAACAUCAAGAAAAAGAAUCUCCACAUAUAAAAACAGACAAACCAAAACCAACUCUAAAGGAAACAUCAGAAGUCAGAGAAGCAGCAGAAAAGCCUGCAAGAGUAUCAAAUUCUAAAGAUGUCCCAGCUCCAAAGAAAGCUGAAGAAGAAGCUGAAGAUGUGUCUUCCACAAAGAAGCAAAGAAGCCCCAUCAGCUUCUUCCAGUGCGUGUACCUGAAUGGCUACAAUGGCUAUGGAUUUCAGUUUCCGGUCACUCCUGCCCAGCGCCCUGCCGAGAGCGCUGCGCCUCCGGGUUCUCCGGCACAGAAGCCACAAGGACAGUAGGCCCGUGCGGGGCCAGUACAAGCGCUUUAAGACUGAGAAUAGCAUCUUCCAUUUGUCCACACUGGCACAGGCGACCGCAAUAAAGGAAUCCGGGGAAUUUCUUUGAAACUAUUUUACUGUUCCGCCUGGUGUAGAAAAAUCAGUGGGUGAGAGGGUUGAAUAAUCAGCACACAGGGUGAAAUCUGGCACUCAAGAAUCUGCCAUUCGUGUUUCUUGUUGGCCUAGGUGCUUAUAUGUUUCUACUUUCUACUUCCAUCACCCCGGGUUGUUCACAAAUUAAUUUAAGGUUUACUUAAUAAUGGUCUUUGAAAUGUAAUUGACACCAUUAAAAAAUGAAAUUCCUGACUUCGGUUAGGCAGGUAUUUUUAAGUGAAAACACAGACUAUGCUUUAAGUUUAAGGAGUACAGGAACUUAUAUAAAAGCUACUCCUUUGCAUCAUGGGUAUUGAAACUCAAUUUACCAAGAAGUUGAUGUGUAAUAAUUUUACUGUAUUUAUGUCCGUUUCUAUUUUAGUUGUAACUAUGCUCUAAGACCGGGUGACAGUUACACCAAAGAAUACUAUCAGUUUCUUAUGAUGCUCUUUUUGAGCUCAGAAUGUCUCUGAAAUUUAGACAUGACAAGAAGAAAUAGAAAUGUUUGAUAAAUCUUUAUCUCUAAGAUUGUAAUUAGGACAUUCUUUAUCUUGAAUUGUAUUUAGGACAUUCACUCUAGUGGAAAUACAGGCAGGUCUGGUAAAUGAUUUGUGUAAAAUACAAGCAAAUGAGAUGUAGAAUUUUCAGAUUUCUCCAGAAUGUGCUCUAAUGAAAGUAGCACCUGGGUGAAAUUUUACAUCAAUCGCUGCAUUUGGAUGACAGAUGCAAAAGUCUUUUCAUUGUACUUUAAUAGGAUCCUUCUGUGGAUUAAAUAGCUUUCCUUUCUCCAAAAGGAAAACUAUGAAUGCCAUCAAAGUUGAAGGAAUACAUUUUAUACAUAAGUGCCUCAUGAGAUGUCUUACUUGCUUUUUCGGGAAUUGGUUAUCAGUACCCAUGAAAUGAAUGACAGUCUUUAACUCACUUGACGACACAUCAUUGGGCAUGACUGUUGUGGCUUUGCCAUCUUUUGUCUCCCAGUGAAAUACACAGUUGUGUUCUUUAUCACAUCUUUCUAAUAAUUAUAGAAGUCAUGCUACUGUGAUCUUCUCAUGUUUACAGUUGCAACUCAACUUAUGGCAAAUUAACUCAGGAAAUAAAUUGAGUUAUUUUUUUCUAGCAUUCUACUUACCUUAUGGUGAGGGAGCCAGAGCCGAUACUAGCCAAAUGAUUUCUUUUCAAGGACUGCAACUAAGUUCUUUAAUUCCAAGAUUUAGAAUACCAUCUUACCUAAAUAUCAUUAGGCUAGGACAUCAAUAACACCUUCACUAUUAAUAAUGGAUUUUCAGUGACUUUUGUGAAAGAAGUUGGUCUUGGCCACAUGUUGGUGGACCUAACUCACACCACAAAAGCUAAUUACAACGAACCAAGAUUAAUGACACUCCUUACGGGGGCCUGGAAAGGUAUACUGUCAGGACUGACCAGAUGGUACCAGCUCACAAAGCCCCUACAUGUAGCAAUAAACACUUGUGGUAGGACAAUGCAUAGAGUUUAUUGCUCAACUGCUCCUCCAGCUUCUCUGAUUUAGUGAGUAAAGGAAAUAGCAAAUAUGAUAGUUUAGUUUAGUUUAUAGAACAUAAUGAUUUGUUCAUUAGUUCUUAUUUUCAAUGACUAUUUUUUUAUUGAGUACUUAGUCUCUCGAGCACUGGGCUGUAUAAGAAAAAUAUCAGAUAUAAAUUCUGUUACCGGUGUUAUCCUGACACAAUGUGUGAACUUGGAAUAUUUAUGAAGCACACUAUUCUUGUCUUCCAAUGUGUAAAGUAAGGAUUUCAGGACAACCAACCUGAUACACAGAUGUACUGUGGACACUGAUAAAAUAUCUUAUAAUGAAUAUGACAUCAAAAUUUAUUCUUAAAAUAAUAUUUUGGAUGUUUUUCCCUUUGAGUGAAAUGAGCUUUUCUACAUUAUACAAUAGUAUUGUUUCUUUCACUUUCAUUAUGAGAACUAUUUGAUAAAAGUAAAAUAUUAUAACUUAUUGUAACUAGAAUUUAGACAAACCCAUUAUGAUUAAUUGUUAAUAAUAAUUGUUAAGGCUUAUCUGCUUAGAGUUACAAUGAUGAUAGCACUUGAAAAAUAUUCACUAAAUUCUCAUCUGUUUGUAUGGUCACACCCAAUAAACUGUCAUUGGUUCUUUCAA